AUGAAUAACCGGUUGUCCCGCGGUGGGUCUCUUUUUGGCGGAGAUCCCCAAACUCAACUCAGAACGGCGCUAAGAACAAAUGACUUCGCAACGUUUAAGAAGUUAGUAAGCUACGGCGCAGUGGAUCUCGAAUAUGUAUACCAAUAUCCCGAUUAUAAGACUUGUCUCGAACUCGCCGUGUCAGAGCCUAGCAAAAAAGAAUUCGUGAAACUUCUGUUACAACAUGAAGUCCAAGUUAAUCACCUUAAUGAAACACAUGGUGCAGCGCCCAUACAUUUUGCUGUUGAGAGCGGGAAUUUAGAUGCUUUAGCAUUACUCUUGGAAGACGACCGAAUCGAUGUUAAUAUUAAAUGCAAAGGUAAUACUGCUCUUCUACUGGCAAUUAAGCAAAUCCAAGAUUUAGACGAUGAUCGCGAAAGAGAAUUAGCAGUUUAUGAGGACAUGGUGGAACUACUAUUAAAAUCCGGAUGCAACGCAAAUGCUCCAGACCAAAAGGGCGUUACGCCAGUAUAUUCCGCUGCAAAACAGGGCCUCGAGAGAGUUAUAACGUAUAUAUUAGACUAUUCCACCGAACCGGUUGAUUUAGAUGCUUAUAAAGAUUUCAGAGGAAAAACUGCAAGAUACUUCCUACAAGAAGCUUUUCCACAUCUAGUAUCUAGAUUCGAUUCUAGUUCUGAAAUUGCUGAAUCCAUUGACCCUGAUAAAUUGUUUUCAUACCUCAGUAGACAUGAAGAAGAUAAUUUUGUUCGAGAUUUUAACAAGCUGGUAAAGAAAAAUGAACAUCGGUCAGUUCUAGCGGCUAGCAACGGUAUUCAUACCAUGUUACAACAAGCAACGGAUAAAGGUUUUGAAAAAGUAGUAUUUGUCUUAUUAAAUAAUGGAGCAGAUCCCAACGCUACUUGUUCGGGCAACACAGUGCGACCUGUAGCUAUCGCGUGUCAUAACGGAUACAAUCGAAUUCUCAAAUUGUACAUCGAUCACGAAUCAACAUUAUUCGAUUCUGUAAAUGGUGAAUCACUUUUACAAAUAACAAUAAAGGGUAUGCGUUCCGGUUCUAAAAGUCCAAAAGUCGAUUUUAAAAACUGCUUGGAGCUGUUAUUGAAACAUCCAAAAAUAAACACAGAUGUAAACCACCAAGAUAUAAAAGACAACACAGCUUUACAUUACGCUGCUAGAAAUGGAGAUACAGAUACUGUAUUGGACUUAUUAAGGAACGGAGCUUGUAUUGGACUUCGAAAUAAGUUCGACGAACCUCCCUUAGCAGACAUCAACGCUAAAACUCUAGAAACUUAUUUGGACGAAUGUAUUACAACGAACGGAGAACGACCAAGUGAUGACGACUAUGAAAUUCAUAUGAAAUACAGUUUCCUUGUGUAUCCGAAUAACUCUCUGGAAAAUGAAAUGAGUAAAAUACCUUUAAUGGAUAAAUCGAAUAACAACAUAGACAAGGAAUAUGAUACUAUUUUGGCCCCAGAAACUGAAGCACUUUUAUACAUGACUAGAAACGAAGAGCUUCGACCACUGUUAAAGCAUCCAGUCAUAACUAGUUUUCUAUAUCUAAAAUGGCAGAGAAUAAGCUGUCUGUUCUAUGCGAAUAUCACAUUUUAUUCUUUACUUUGGCUAUGUUUGAUGCUUUAUAUAAUUCUGGGCUAUGGAGUUGAGAAACAACAGCCAAAAUCCAUCGAAGCUUUAAAUGUUGUCACUCACAUUGGCGCUAGUAUUGGACUUAUUUUGUUAAUCAUUCGAGAAUUAUUCCAGCUUCUAGUAUCUCCUACACGGUAUCUUCAAAGUAUAGAAAACUGGAUGGAAAUUGCUUUGAUUUUUGUUACUGCUUGGAUAGUGUGCUAUGAUUCUGCACAAGAAUCGACGAAACAACAAUUAUCUGCAGUAGCGAUAUUACUCUCAUCUGCUGAGCUUGUCCUGCUCAUAGGACAAUUUCCUACACUAUCAACAAACAUAGUAAUGUUGAAGACAGUUUCUUGGAAUUUCUUUAAAUUCUUAUUAUGGUAUUGUAUUCUUAUAAUAGCGUUUGCUUUGAGCUUCUAUACCUUAUUCAGAAAAGACGUUGAAGAUGAACAAAAAGCGCCAAAUCCGAAUAUAGUGCCAGAGGAAGACGAAGAAGAAGAUUUCUUCGAAGAUCCUGGGAGAUCCCUAUUUAAAACGAUCGUUAUGUUAACGGGCGAAUUUGAUGCCAGUUCAAUUAAAUUUAGUACAUUCCCAGUUACGAGUCACAUAAUUUUUAUUGUAUUUGUUUUCAUGAUACCCAUUGUUUUGUUCAACUUAUUGAACGGUUUAGCUGUGAGCGAUACGCAGGAGAUAAGAGCGGAUGCUGAAUUAGUUGGGCAUAUAUCGAGAGUCAAACUCAUAUCAUAUUUUGAGAGUGUACUGAUAGGUAAAUCAUACACGAAGCCAAUGAAGUGUUGGUCGUGGUUUCCCCAAUAUAUUCAAGACCUGCACGUUAUCACUCCGAAAACGUUAUGCAUGAAACCGUUCGCUACGAGAAUAAGUCUGUUUCCUCAAUUUCUGCCUAAAUAUCGUAUAAUCGUGAAACCAAACCAAGAUAACAGAAUUGAAAUACCACACCCAGAGCCAACGGGAAAAUAUGGGGACGAUUAUGAAGAUAUUGAGAAUGGAAAGUGUUGUUUUGAACGCUGCCAAAUAUACAGAUUGGACAGAAAAAUCGUCAAAAAUGCAAAGGUAGUGAUAAGUAAAAAGUCAUAUGUUUCAGAGUUCGAUGAAAUAAAAGAAAAGCUUGCGCUGUGCGAAAGAAAAAUGGAAGGGCUUGAAACUACAUUAAAGAAAUUGUUGCAAGCUGUAGAAAAUAAGUACUAA